AUGUCACGAAAAGCACUUGAAGUACCGAACAUAGGUACCAACAAGUUCUUAAAAGUCACACCUAAUUUAUUCACUCCAGAACGAUUAAACCUAUUUGAUGAUGUAGAACUUUAUCUAACAUUAAUAAAAGCAUCUAAAUGUGUGGAGCAGGGGGAAAGGUUGCACAAUAUUAGUUGGAGAAUUCUAAAUAAAGCUGUUUUAAAAGAGCAUGAUAUUAAUCGAUCUAAAAAGAGAGACGGUGUAAAAAACAUUUAUUAUGUGUUGAAUCCAAAUAACAAGCAAGGAAUAAAGCCAAAACAGGGUACCGUAAAGCAAGCACCAUUUCAGAAGGCAAAUUUACCUCCUACAACGGCAAAACAGAAUGUUUUGGCUCGACCUAUGACAUCACCAGCCAUUGCACAAGGCACACAUGAUAGGUCCUUAGAUAACACUACUUCUACAAACAAUGAAGUGAAAAUUGAUGUUAUUUCAAAUAGACAAUUCUCUAAAUCAACCGCAUCAGGGUUAUUUUCAAGUUUUGCAGACAAAUAUCAAAAGAUGAAGAAUUUCAACCAUACUCCAAAGAAGGAAGAGCCUCAAACUAUUAUUACUGGUUUUGAUACCAGCACUGUUAUAACCAAGAAACCGUUGCAGUCAAGGCGGUCAAGAUCUCCUUUCCAGCAUGUAAGAGAUAUGAGCAUGAACUCCAUAGAUAAGGAGACUUCUAAGAGCAGUAGUCCAACAAUUGAAAAUGUCGGGAGUAGAAAGUCCUCUCUUCCUCAGAAGGAGUCCUUAUUCGGAAGACCCAGGUCUUAUAAGAAUGAACAAAAUGGUCAGUUGUCGCUUUCCAAAACAUCCUCCAGAAAGGGAAAAAACAAAAUCUUUUUUAGUAGUGAAGAUGAAGAUUCCGAUUGGGAUAGCGUUUCAAAUGACUCAGAAUUUUACGCUGAUGAGGAUGAUGAGGAUUACGAUGAUUAUAAUGAAGAAGAAGCAGAUCAAUACUACAGAAGGCAAUGGGACAAGCUUCUAUUUGCUAAAAAUCAACAGAAUCUUGACUCAACCAAAUCAUCUGUUUCUUCAGCGAACACUAUCAAUUCAAGCACAUCACAUGAUCCUGUACGAAAAAGUUUACUUAGUGGACUAUUCCUCAGUGAGGCAAAUAGCACUAUCAGUAAUAAUCACAACAUUGCACACAAUGAAUAUACUUCCAAACAUAAUUCGCCGGUUCCUCAGUCCUCUCAUAGCAGUCAACCGCAACAAAAUCUUCCAAGCGCCAACGGCAUAAAACUACAAAAGCCAUCCUUGAAAACAAGCAAUGUGACUGCCCUAGCAUCGCUAUCUCCUCCACCAGCUGCUAAUAGUGGGCGCUUACCGGUGGAUAUACAAAGGGACAUUCCUUCUAAUAAUGGAUCGAAGCACUUGUAUGAGUCUAAUGCUCCGCUGACUGCCCAGACAAUACUUCCUACCGCCCUAUCUACUCACAUGUUCUUACCUAAUAACAUUCACCAACAACGAAUGGCAAUUGCUACUGGUGGAAGUACGCGGCAUCGUCUCUUGAGACGGGAGUCGAUGGAUAUUCCAUCCAAGAACAGGAAUACUGGAUUUCUAAAGACCAGAAUGGAGAUUUCUGAAGAAGAAAAAAUGGUACGUACAAUAUCACGGCUUGAUAACACAGGUGCUGCAAACGGUAGUGGAAAUGGUAAUGAUGAUGCCACGAAUAAGAGAACCGAAACACUACAUCCUGUGACCAGUAAUGGAGGUCGAAUAUGA